AUGCCUCACUUUGAAGAGACCAAGUCCAUGGAGGACACUGUCCUUGAGCCCAUCGCUAUCGUUGGAAUGUCAUGUCGCCUUCCUGGUGGUGUCGAUUCCUCGUCCUCCCUCUGGGACCUCCUGGUCAACAAGGGCUCCGUUCAGACCCCUCGUGUCCCCGAGUCGCGGUUCAACAUCGAUGCCUACCUGCAUCCCAAUCUUGAGCGACCUGGAAGUUUCAAUGUCGCCGGUGGAUACUUCCUGGACAAGCCGGUGGAGAGCUUUGAUCCAACUUUCUUUAACAUGACCCCUAUCGAGGCGCGGUGGUUGGAUCCUCAGCAGCGAAAGAUGCUCGAAGUCACCUACGAGUGUCUAGAGUCGGCUGGUCUGACUAUGGAGAAGGUAGCUGGCACCAACACGGCUGUGUUUGUCGGCAGCUUCACCAGUGACUACCAGCAGCUGUCCACUCGCGAGACUGACUUCCGCCACAACUAUGCGGCCACUGGUGUUGACCCGGGGCUGAUUAGCAACCGAAUUGGAAACGUCUUUGACCUGAACGGCCCCAGCUUCACCAUCAACACGGCCUGUUCGUCCUCGAUCUACGCCAUCCACAAUGCUUGCCAUGCACUUCGCGGUCGGGACUGCUCUGCAGCGCUGGUGGGUGGUGUCAACCUGAUUCUUACCGUUGACCAGCAUAUGAACACCGCCAAGCUAGGCAUUCUCUCGCCCACUUCGACCUGCCACACUUUCGAUGAGACGGCUGAUGGGUAUGGCCGUGCUGAGGGGGCGGGCGCGCUGUUUCUCAAGCGUUUGUCCGACGCUAUUCGCGAUGGCGAUCCUAUCCGUGGCGUCAUCCGCUCCUCGGCGGUCAACACGAACGGUAAAGUCCCCGGUAUGGGAAUCACCCAUCCCAGCAAGAAAGGCCAAGAGCGUGUGGUCCGAACAACUUACGAGAAAGCUCGCUUGGAUCCGUCGAGGACUGCUUACCUGGAAUGCCAUGGUACUGGUACUCCCGUGGGAGAUCCUAUCGAGAGCCACGCCGUUUCCAUGGCCAUGAACGAUACUCGGAGCAAGGAACGACCGCUGUUGAUUGGUGCUAUCAAGGCCAACAUCGGACACAGCGAGGCGGCCAGUGGUAUCUUUGCCGUCAUGAAAGCCGCCAUGAUGACCGAGGCUGCCGUUAUCCCUGGAGUGUCUGGGCUUAAGAACCUCAACCCGGCAAUCCAGGAGAAGGACUGGAACAUCAAAGUCAACCGUGACACCAUCCCCUGGCCAGAGGACUUCCCUGAGCGUCGUGCCAGUGUGUCGUCCUUCGGUUACGGAGGUACGAACGGCCACGUCAUUGUAGAGAGCAUCGAGUCAAUAUACCCUCACUAUCAGCAUGGCAAGCCUAAGAACGAGGCCAACUACAAUCACUCGGCCUCGCGACCCUUCCUGGUUGGUCUCUCCGCACACGACAAGGCGACUCUGUCGCGCAACAUCGUCGCUCACUCUAAGGUGGCCGAUAAAUUCUACCUGGCCGAUCUGGCCUACACUCUAUUACAGCGCCGCACGAAAUUCCCCCACCGGGCGUUCACAAUCGCAUCCGAAAAGACCCUCGAGUCUGACUUUGCUCUGUCCUCCUUCCAGUUCGGUGUUGCACCCAAGAAUGCCCCUCAGCUGGGUUUCAUCUUCACGGGGCAGGGUGCGCAGUGGGCUGGCAUGGGGGCUGAGGCAAUGAAAAUAUUCCCCUCGUUCCUGGCCACUAUCCGCAGCCUUGAUCUAGUCUUGCAGCAGCUCCCAUCAGCUCCCACUUGGACUCUUGAAGAUGCGCUGCUGGAGCCCAAGGAAACCUCCCGGGUCAGCGAUGCCGAGGUCUCCCAGCCUGUCUGCACAGCAGUCCAGAUCGCCAUGGUUGACCUCUUUGCCGAGUGGAACAUCAUUCCCGCCGUCACUGUGGGCCACUCCUCCGGUGAAAUUGCUGCGGCCUACGCUGCCGGCCGCAUUUCCUCCGCUGAAGCUAUCGUAGCUGCAUACCUUCGUGGGUUUGCCGUGACGCACCACGCGCCUGUGGGUGCCAUGCUGGCUGUCGGUCUGGGACGCGACAGCGUCGCGAGCUACCUGAAACAGACUGAAGGGGACGUUGUCAUCGCCUGUGAGAACUCUCCCGUCAGUAUUACUCUGAGUGGCACCAACAGCGGUGUUCAAGCGCUGGCCGCUCGCCUGCAGGCGGAGGGCAUCUUUGCGCGCGAAUUGAAGACUGGAAAGGCCUAUCACUCGUGGCAGAUGGAUCCCGUGUCCAAGGUGUAUGACGUCCUGCUACAAGACGCCUACCACUCCCUGUCCCCGGAUCUCCUAGAGGAUCGCCGCCCACGCGCCAACUGGGUCUCGUCGGUUACUGGUGAGGAGAUCGAGGAAGAUACUGUGCCUUUCACUUAUUGGAGUCAGAACCUGCGCAGUCGCGUGCUUUUUGACUCGGCCAUUGCCACCCUUGGUAAGCUUGAUGCGUUGAAAGACGUGACCGUUAUGGUUGAGGUCGGUCCUCAUUCCGCUCUCAGCGGACCUUUCAAGCAGAUCUGCAAGGAGAAUCAGUUCGAUCGCUUCGCCUAUGUGCCCUCGCUUCUCCGUAGCCAGGACAGCGCCGUGCAGCUCUUGAAGACGGCCGGUGCACUGUGGGCACAGAACUACGCCGUCGACAUUGACCGUGUCAACCGUGUCGAAGUCGCACAAGGACUCAGCCUGCUCAAGCCUCAGCGGCCUUUGGUCCUCACCGAUCUUCCUCCGUACCAGUGGAACUACGACCAGAACUACUGGGCCGAGCCUCGGCCUAGUAAUGAGUUUCGCAGGCUUGUCCAUCUCCGUCACGAUCUGCUGGGACGGAAAGUGCCAGGGCUGUCGGACCGCUCCCUGGUGUGGCGAAACGUUCUGCGAGGACGCGAUGUACCCUGGUUGGCUCAUCACAGACUUGGCGGUUCGGAUGUUUUUCCCGCUGCCGGACAUUUGUCUCUCGCCUAUGAGGCUAUCCACCAAAUUUGGGACCAAGAGGGUCUAUCUCUGUCGAGCAUCACUUUCCGUGACGUCGCGAUCAAGGUCGCUUUGGUCGUGCCGGAGACAGACGAUGGCAUUGAGAUCCUCGUUCAACUUACGGCUUUGCAGCCCAGUAACGAGCCCGAACAGUGGUACUCGUUCGCCGUUCGCUCUUUCUCCAACGAACAGUGGAACGUGCACUGCGAGGGCAAAGUCGCCGCGAACUAUAAUCCCGAACCCUCGACGGCUGAGCACAAUGACCAUCCCGUCGACGUCUCCGAGCUGACCCGUCGCGUGCCCGGGCCUCGCUGGUACGAGGCCUUCCACCGCGUCGGUUUCGAGUAUGGCCCCAGUUUCCAGCCUUUGAAUGCCAUCCGUACGAACCCCAACCUCUACCACGCCGCCGCGCAGGUGGACAUCAAGCAGGAGAGCGGAUUGAUUGUGGGCGAAUCGCGAUAUCUGCUGCAUCCCUCGACCAUCGACGGAUGUCUACAGCUCAUCAUCAUCUCCAUCAACCGCGGUCGUCACCAGGAGAUGCCGCACGGUGUUGUGCCGAUCAACAUCGAAGAGUUGACCAUCUGGUCUCCUGAAGAGGAGGGAGAAACAGUUGGAAGCGCCGUGGCAUGGACCGACGAGGUGGGCGGUCGUUAUUUCAACACCCACACCAAGCUUUCAACUCCCAGUGGUAAGCCCGUGCUGGAUGUCAAGAGCCUCCGAUGUGUUGCCUACGAGGCGGCGGUGCCUCCCCAGGUGGGCGAGCCGCGAGCUCGCGAACCAUACAUGCAGACCGUGUGGAAGCCCGACUUGUGGACGCUGACCAGAAGCGAGGAGCUGUCAGCGCUGUUGCCGUCUCCCCAGUCCGAGGCAGAGGCCAUGGCCUGCAUUGUUGAACUGGCUGAGCACAAGAAGCCUAUCAAGAGUGUCACUUUCGCUGGUCGGCCAAGUGAGGAACUGAUUCAUGCCGUGCAAGCUCAGAUUCCGUUUGCCGACACUUUCACUGUCGUCGACGCCUCGGAGGAAUACUUCGAGUCGCUCAAGAGCAACCUUGGUUUGCCCAGUACAGCAUCGUGGUUCGCCACGACCGAGGAGCUAGCCCCAUCAGAACUCCUCAUCCUCGGUCCUGGCACAGACCUUACCGCAUGGAAGUCCUUCCUGGUUGAAGAUGGCAAAGCCCUCGUAUCGGUAGAGAGUUCGAAGACUUCUCAGCUGGCGAGGGAACUGUCGCUUACCGGUUUCACCAACCCCCUCCUAGUGCCGGUUGGUGACACCACUGUGUUGUAUACCACCAACCCCAAGCCCUACCAGAACGGCCACGCGCCUUCUGAUGCCCCAGUGGCCAUUUUUCACCGUGGUGUCGAAACCGAUACGCAAGCGACCGUCCUCAAGAAUCUCUUGGCUGAUGGUCGCGGUACUGUUGAGGCUGAAAUUCUCUCGGAAGUCACCGUCCGCCCAGACGAUGUUGCCAAAUUCAUCGUCUACGACGCCGACGGCCUACUGCUGUCGACCCUGAAUGAAGACAGUUUCAACGCUCUCAAAACGAUCCUUACCUCAGGCAAGCCGGUCCUUUGGCUGACUUCUGGUAUUGGAGAGGGUAGCUCGCCGUCUGCCGCCAUGGCCCAGGGCUUCUUGCGUGCCGUUCGAUCGGAGCAAGCCACAGCCAAGAUUACUCUGCUGGACACCGACGUGGGUACCAACGCGACCGUGCUCAAGAUCGCCGUCGAGCAAGGUCUCGAGCACAUCGAGACCAAAGACUCGGGUGAAGACACCGAAUUCUGGCUGCACAAUAACACCUUCCACGUGCCUCGCGUGGUUCCCAACGUCCCUCUCAACGACCGGUUCGCGGCCUCUCAGCAACCCGUGCAAGAGCAACCGCUUCAGCGUCUUCAGACGUUGGACGGUUCUGUUGUCGAGGGUUCCCUGGUCUUCCACUCCAAGGGCCUAGUUGGCCCCAAAGCAAAUGAGAUCCAGCUACAGGUCGAGGCCUCGGAACUGGAAAAGAGCGACAUCCAGGCCACCACCCCUGCCGGGCCUCGUAUCGUGACGGGUACCAUCAGCGCGGCGGGUCCGGACCUGGACGCAGGACUCUUGGGACAAAAGGCUGUCACUUAUGCGUAUAGCUCACUGUUGACGCUUGCCACCGUUCCCAACAGCCGAGCCGCCGUUUACGCUGACUUUGACGAUGCCGAAUUGGCCGCGACGCUCCCCAGUUUGCUACCUGCCGUCCUAGCCGUUCGGCAGACGGGGCGCGUGCAGGCACACGACCAUGUCUUAUUGCUUCCCAGCCCUCUACCAUUUGUCCAGAGCGUGGCGGGUCUGCAGGCUGCUUUCGGCUUCCAGUUGGACAUUCUGGCCGCCAACGACAGGGAGCGCGAGCAGAUCCUCCGCGAGAUUCCAUCAUCCGCAAAGGUAAACAUCCUCGUGUCGGGCGCUCGGCCGUUGCCCCGAUUGCACCCGGAGAGUGACUCAAGGCCGACGGUCAUUAUCGCCAACGACUUCUCCACUCUGACCCAAGAGGCCUGGAGACUCAUUGCGCCGCUGGGACGAUUUGUGAUCGCCUCCGGCAUUGUGGAAGACACGCCGGAUGUCCUUCCUUUCAGCCGCGGCGCGACUUUCUUGCCUAUAAGCAUUGAAACGCUGUACAAGAAGGACCAGCAGAGACUGGGCGAGCUUCUAAACGAAACACUUGACAUUAUUCGCCAGUACCCAGACCUUUUGCGGAAACCCAAGAUUGUGGAUGUGACCGCGCUGAGCGACGUUUCCAGCGUCCAGGAGCAACUAACAUCCCCCUUAGCUACGGUCCUACAGUACAGGUAUGGGGAGGAUGUCGUCGUCAAGAUCCAACCCGAAGCAGAGAAACUCCAGUUCUCGUCCGAUGCAACCUACCUUCUCGUUGGAUGUCUGGGUGGACUAGGACGCAGCUUGACUAGCUGGAUGAUGGACCGGGGAGCCCGGGACUUUGUCUUCUUGUCUCGAUCUGGCACGGAAAAACCCGAGGCCGCGGCACUUGUCGAAUCCAUCCAAGCCGCGGGCGCAGUUGCCGACGUCUUCCGCGCCGACGCUGCCAACGAAGGGGACGUUGCUCGCGUCGUCGACACCGUCACGGCCCGCCGUCCUAUCCGCGGUGUCGUGCACGCAGCCAUGGUUCUUCAGGAUGGUAUCUUCGACGGCAUGAACUUCCAGCAGUUCCAAGCCGCCAUCGUUCCCAAGAAGAACGGAGCCGAGACUUUGCACCAGGUGAUCCAGUCAGCUCAGCUUGAGCUGGACUUCUUCGUCAUGACCAGCUCCAUCUCCGCCACGCUGGGUAACCCGGGCCAGGCCAACUACAGCGCCGGUAACAGUUAUCUGGACGGUCUCGCCUGGCAGCGCAACCGACACCAGCUCCCGGCCACGUCGCUCAUCCUGCCUAUGAUCCUCGACGUGGGUGUGGUCGCCGAUAACGAGAACAUCGAGCUGGCCCUCACCCGCAAGGCGAUGUACGGCAUCGACGAGCAAGAGAUGCUCCGAGGCUUCGAGACCGCCAUGUCCGUGCCCGCGCCUUCGGCCACCAACCCCGCCGCCAUCGGCAACUCCCAGAUCAUCCUGGGUCUGGAGCCCGCGUAUCUUGCCGCCGCCAUUGCCGCGUCCGACUCGAGCGACGAGGCAUACUGGCUUCCGGACGCGCGUCUUCGCGACGUCCGCGCCGCCGUCGAGUCGGUGGCGGAAGACUCUCUGGCCAGCGGAAGCGGCGGCGAUAGCGAUCUCGCCAGCGCCUUGAAGGCAGCACGCGCCGAAGGGGUUGACGCUGUCGUCCAGGCGAUCGGUGCGGCCGUCAUGGACAAGCUGUCGCGGAUGUUGCUCGUCAGUCUCGAACAAUUCGAGUUUGACGACGGGUCAGUGGCUAGCUACGGUAUCGACAGUAUGAUCGGAGCGGAGUUGCGCAACUGGCUCUUCAAGCAGUUCGGGUUGGAUCUCUCGUUCCAGCUCCUGUUGGCCUCGACGAUGACGGUGAAGGCGUUGUCGACAGCCAUUGCGGAGAGCAUGGGAUUGCUAGAGUAG